AUGGCCGAUAGUGAUAGUAGUACUAAUAAUGACACUUCUAAUAAUGAGUACGAUGAUGCCGCUGAUGAUUCUUCUUCUAAUUUGCAAUAUUUUACCUUUGAGCAUAAUAAUCAUAGAGAGACAAGAAUUAAUUACACAAUAGAUUAUGAAGAUUUAUUUAUGACCGAAGAACAAGAUUAUAUCACAGAUUAUGUCACAGAUUCUGAAGAUUUAGUUAUGACAGAUUAUGCCAUGGAUUCUGAAUAUGAAGAAAAUGCAAAAUCUACUUACAAACGAAAUGAAAAACGUAGGGCGG